AGGGCCUCUUUUCUACGUUUUCUAUUCAGUUCAACUCCUUCCAUGAUCUAUUCCCAGGACAAGAUCUAUUUCCUAUCUGUCAUUUAUAGAGAACUCACCAGCUGUAACACACUAACACUCCUCAAAGCUUCUUUAAUCUGAAACUAGUUUACUACCAUGAACAAUAAUAACACGCUCCUGCUGUUAUUCUGUAUCCUUUCCAGUUCUGCUGUAGUUUACAGUGAUGGUAAUGCCAAAAUCUUUGAUAUAACUCACAAAAUCACUUCCCAGUUGCCCACUUUUAACUCCCAGAAGGGACUUGGUCACUUCAUUUGGCUUGUUUCCAGCAUUAAAAAUGGGUCCAUGGCUAAUGAAUCCGAGUUUAAGCUGGGAACCCACACUGGAACUCACGUUGAUGCCCCUAGCCACUUCUUUCAAAAGUAUUAUGAGGAGGGCUUUGAUGUUUCCACACUUAGCCUGCAAACACUUACUGGUCCUGUUCUAGUAGUUGAUGUUCCAAGAAACAAGAACAUUACUGCUGAAGUUAUGAAGUCGUUGAAUAUUCCCCGGGGAGUUCAUCGUGUGCUUUUCAAAACACUUAAUACAGACAGGAGGUUGAUGCAUAGGAGAGAGUUUGCUUCAGACUUCACAGGGUUUAAGAAGGAUGGGGCGCAAUGGUUGGUUGAUAACACCGACAUCAAACUUGUUGGAAUCGAUUACCUAUCUAUUUCUGCUUAUGUUGAUGCUGCCCCUACUCAUCAUAUAUUGCUGAAAAGUCGGGAAAUCGUUAUAGUCGAAGGUCUAAACCUCGAUGGAAUCAAGCCGGGGAAGUAUACGGUUCAUUGCCUACCUUUGAGGAUGGUUGGUGCAGAUGGAUGCCCAACAAGAUGCAUUCUCACUGCAUAAAACAAUAAUGCUGAUUUCAAGUUAGUAAGAUAUUUGCCAAACCAUAGGUAAGGAAUACAUAUAUGUUGUACUGAUUUUCAUGCCUUUGCUCCUAAUACAUGAGAGGAUAUGUUUAAAAACGCAUUACUACGACAUGUUUAAUGCAUGUAUCGUGUUCGUAUUUAGAA